AUGGUUUUUAGCAAGCUCGCUACUGCGCUAACAGUGAUCUUCUUCGUCUCCAUCGUAGCUCUCAUCUGCGAACUCCUGUACGUUCUAUGGCGCCACCGUUCCUUCCGCUGUCACUCCUCCCCUCCCCCUCCUAUCCACCUCGACGACCAAAACCCUGAUAAUUUCCCCACCGCUGAUGCUGCAACUAAGGAGCUGCUGCUUUACUUCUUCUGCUUAAAACCACAUAUACCGGAAGACUCAUCUGGACGACCCAACAAGAACACAGAUGCAUCAUCGCCGAACGACGAGGUGAUUGACGUUUUUAAGUUGUUAGAAGCAAAUGGACCCUCGAGGUUUCUUUGCACGAUCAAAGAGGAAGACAAAGAAGAUGUCGAAUCAACGUCUGACGUUGACUUUGCAAACAGAUCGACGACAAAGAGUUCGUGUCUGCAGACGGGUGUUCAGUUAGCUCGGGAACCAGUGUCGGUGGAGGAGGAGGUGGCUGUGACGGCUGACGGAGAUGAUGGAAGUAUGAAGACGGAGUUCUCUACGCCGUGUGAUUCACCGUUGUUUUUUACACCGGCGGGAUCUCCGUCACGAGAUGUUAUAGAUUUGGAGUUCGUUAUUUCCGUUCAUGCAACCGGAAACGUGGAUGAAAGAUGA